AGCUGUUAAUUUUCCACAACAAUAACAAAGGGAGCAGUUGAGACCUCGGAGAAGAAACGGAAAAAGAACCGACUGCAAAACUCCGAACUAAAGGGUCCAGAAACUUUUAAUUUCUUCCGGGAAGAAUUGUAUUUAUAUAUUUUUUAUAUAUCGCACGGCAAAUAAUCUACCUCAAGCACUUGAAGUGAUCUGUUUUUGUUCUUGAAGCCGACCCUCUUCCUGUUUACAUUACUUUUUGCCGCAGGGCCUGUUUUUGCACAAUCAACAAGAGCUAUGGCUGAUCUUCAUCAGGUGUUCCUCAGCUGAGAAGGAGUAACUAAUGCACUUCAGCACCUUUACCAAGAUCUCAGUAAGCGGCUCCCGCAGCUGAUGACCAAAGAGCCCGGCCCUUGCCCACUCCCAGCAGGACCAUCCAGCCUCGCGCCUCUCUGACAAUAUCAUGUUCCAGAGGUUCACCAGCAUCUUGUUUGGAGACUCCCUGGAGGAGGGCAAUGGAUGUCCUGUGGAUCCAGACUUCAACGAGAAGGAGGAGGACGAUGAGUGGAUUCUGGUCGAUUAUCUAGCGAAGGCCUGCUCCGGUGUGUGUGGAGAUGAUCUGGUGGAGGUGUGCUCUGACGAUGUCGCUCCCCUGGACUCUCCCGUGCGCUGCUCCUCCUGCUCCUCUCUGGAUUCGGCGGCAGACACUGACACAGAGGACGGCAACUUCUUGCGUCUAGAGGCGACAUGUGGGCUGGAAGAGAGCUGGUUCAUCACCCCUCCGCCGUGUUUCAUGGCUGGAGGCAGAGCUCCGGUCCUGCUGGAGACCAGUCCUCUGGAGAACCUUCUGAUCGAGCAUCCCAGCAUGUCCGUGUACGCCGUUCACAGCCCUCGUCAACGACCUGCCAAGGACGGCAUCCGUGAGCCAUCGAUUUUAAGAUCUGAUGUUCAGCGACGGCCCAGUCACCCUUCUGGCUGCUACACACCUGCUCUGGUUUCUGCUCACGCCGGGUUUCUGGAACAGACCAAGAACGGCCGCUUGGCCCAGCGCAUCCGUGAAAACGUGGAGCGCCAGCAGCUGUCCCGCAACGCCCUCCGCCGCCUCAACCUGCUGCGCGAUGGUGGAGCCAGACAGGCCAAAGCCACUGGAGGCUACGUUCACCAGCCGGGCCAGAGGCAGUAUAACUACUGAGACGGUCCCCACUGCACUCCCCCGUCCUCCCCUGCACGCCACCCCUUCCACACUGGGAGAAUUGGUCUUUCGCCAGAAGGAACGGAGUCCUUUAGAAUCAAUGCCAUAGGUCACUUUACUUCACGGCAGGUUCCGCUCGAGCUGAAUGUGUCUGCAUCGUGUUUCCUUUAUAGACUCCAUCUGGUUCUGUCUUAUGUUAUAUGUCAUGAAGGUUGAAUAACCAAGUGUUUUGUUAUAGUGAGCACGAUGUUGUAGUGCUCUGUUGGAGCAUGUGUAGGCAGCUUGGCACUUUCAAUGCCUUUAACUUGUCUUGUCUUUGCUU